GCCCCAGGCCCCACGGUAUUAGCAUAGUGGGUACAGAGAGGAAUUAUUACCGACAAGCUUUGAAUGACCUCUUCCCAGGUAGGGAAGAAGAGAGUAGAGUAGCUUAACUUGUUUGUUCUCCAGAACUUCAGUUACGUCUUGAUCAGAUGUGUGAUGUGACCUUGAUAUUUGGUCAUCCUAGUGUCGGUGAUACUAAGUUGAUUUAAAUCAAUAAAAUUUUCUAAUCAUCCCAGUGAGAACUACGAAGGGUUUCAUUUAUUUGUUUCCAUGACUUUUCUUUUUUUCCUCCUUCCUCUGAAGCUGGAAAAUAAAACAAAAGAGAAACUUCAAAAGCAGAUUUGUCAAGUUGUUCUGGACCAUUUUGAGAAGCAGUACACAACGGAACUGGGAGAUACGUGGACCAGUGUCAGGGAUGUACUCACGGACCCGUUGUGCUGGCAGUACGCUGUCCUGCUUAACAAGUUCAGCCAGUCUGCUGAACUGGAGAACACCUUGUGUGUGAAGGGAUACCAUCCUGCCUUCCGAGGACCUUUGCCUUAUCUUCCAGCAUCGUUGAAGUGUUACAUCAGGACAACUCCCGGGAGAUUCCCUGCACAGAAACACCAGGCUGGUAAACUGAAGGAGUAUUAUCUGCUGAACGCUGCUUCGCUGUUGCCAGUGCUGGCCUUAGAAGUGAAAGAUGGGGAAGACGUUUUGGAUCUCUGUGCUGCACCAGGGGGUAAAUCAGUAGCUAUCCUGCAGUGUGCCUAUCCAGGUCAGUUUCACUGUAACGAAUAUGAUGAUUUGAGGACAAGAUGGUUGAAACAGACAAUGGAAUCCUUCAUCCCAGAUCCUUUGAGUAACUUAAUAAAGGUCUCUAAACUGGAUGGUAGACAGAUUGGAGAUCUUCAGCCUGAAUUAUAUGACAAGGUACUGGUUGAUGCUCCCUGUUCAAAUGACAGAAGUUGGCUAUUCUCUUCAGACAUUCAGCAAGCUACACUUAGGCUAAUACAAAGGAAAGAGUUAUCUUCUCUACAAUUCCAGCUGCUAAGGUCUGCUAUUAAAGCAUUGCGUCCUGGUGGAUCUCUGGUCUAUUCUACGUGCACUCUCUCAAAAGCAGAAAACAGCGAUGUGAUAAAUCUCGUUCUAAACUCCUGCAGUAAUGUCACGCCUGUGGACAUAAGUGAAAUGGCCAAAGCUGUUUCUCAGGAAUUCACUUUUCUCAGUGGUACUCAACAGCAUGAACUUCUGGUUCUCCCAGAGAAAGGGAGAGCAUGGGGUCCAAUGUACGUAGCUAAAUUAAAGAAAAUAUAGUUCA